AUGGUUUUCCCCUCGAAUUUUCACACCUCGAUCAUCCUUCCUUUUGUCUACAUAGAAAACCCUAGCUCCGACUCCUCUUCCUAUACUAAGAUUCUCCAACACCACCGCCUGGCGCAGUUUCCCCCGAAGCAGCUAAAGCAGAACCCUUCCAUGGCAGCAAAAUCCGUUGCUCCGACUGUAAGAGACCUCCCACCGGAGGUCUUUGGGACGGAGACUCCGCCAGAAAAGCCCCGGGGUCAGGUUCUCCCAUCCAGAUGUUCAGCAUAUGGCGAUGCUGGAGCUCCGACCCUCUUGAGCAUAAUGCAGAAACUAUCCAAGGGAGACGAACUUGAAAGCUCGCAUGAUUGGUGUAAUGCUUGCACAAAAUUCUAUGUCCAAAAGGGCAUUGGCUAUCUAAUUGAUGAGGACUCAAUUGAGGAAUAUGAAAAGGUGGCAAAGGAAAAGAGGAAGGAGAAAUUGGAGCAACAGGAAGGAAUGGAGUUAAAUUUUCUCAGCAAACUUGGUCAUGUCCAAAAGAUUGAGACUCUGAAUGGCAUUGCUGACAUGAAGAAUGAGCUCAGGUCCUUCAUGGUAUGGGUUCUAUGUUCCGAAUUUCCUGUUUUUAUAUGUGAUUCUGUCUAUAAUUCUGAAUUCUUAUUUUAAAGGGGCUACUAUAGG